AGUGCCGGCUUUGGAGCGCUUAUUAGAUUAUGAUUUGUAUGCUGAUAAUAAUUUAUGCUUCAUGGCAGCCUUGAAAGAACAUAGUACAUGAUCAUUCACGGACACACCACGUCUUUUACUGGUAUAUUUUCAACUCUUAAGAGAUGUAUUGAUGACUAGACCUAGACGCGAUGGCAUCGUUGAGUAGAUCUCUAGUAUAAUACUGUCUAGAUUGACGCCCAAUACCAACACAACUUUCAACAAAAUAAGAGGUUGAUAAUCAGAAAUUCUCUGUGUUUCUCGUAAUUCACGGAUAUUCGCGGUCAUUGGUAGCCUCCUGUCCUUAUUUGAGAGGAAAAUAAGCAGCCUUUUGCUGGUAUUUUUCAAAUCUUGAGGGAUCUAAGGAGUAGAUCAUGUCAGCUAGGUCCGGAUGAGUUUGUCAAUAAAUAUGGCUGUAAUGAGGAGGACUGCAUCACAUCGAUAAUCACUGACGUUCAUCAGUUCUUUCAGCAGCCGAAAUUAAGUCCACAAAGGCAAACUAAACUAAUCAACAUGAAGCUUCUGCUCGCAUCAAUGGUCCUUCUAGCCGUGGCAUUUCACGGCUUAGGUGCAGAUGUGUAUCGUCCAUGCCCCCAGUUCUGGCUUUCAUUUAACGGGAACUGCUACCGUUACUUCGGGGAGCGGGUCACUUGGGAAGAGGCUCGGGAUCGCUGCAGGGAUCACUUCUCCUUCAACGGACGGGCUGAUUUAGUAUCCAUCCACACGGAACAGGAGAACGCCUUCGCUUACGAACUUUUCCGCUCUUCUGCAGACUUUACAACGGAUUAUGGUGCUUGGAUUGGUGCCUACCAGACAAUACAAGACGGACCUUUCAUUUGGUCUGAUGGAUCUGGUCUAAACUUCGAGCGGUGGUUGCCGGGUGAGCCGUCCAACAGUGGUAACAUUGAGGACUGCGUCCAUUUGUGGCGUAGGAACGCAGGGGAUGAAAUCCCCCGGGCUUGGAACGACCGUCCCUGUGGAAGGGACACGCCUUUCAUUUGUAAGGUGGUGCCAAAUUAGAAUUCCCAGUUGGCUGUACCCUGAAUUCGAAGCUUCCUUGAUAUAUCUGUAUGGUUAAGACUACAAUUUGAAUUCUUUGACAACAUUCUGAAAACCUUGGAAACUAGU